CGGAAACCCAAAGAAGAAAGGCAGCGCACACUACACCGAAACAAACAAAAUUCACGUUGUUUUCUCUCGGCACUUGUCUUCUUCCACUGGAGCAAAUGGAGAUGCUACCACUCCUAGACCGCCACAAUUAUGCAUUUCCACGUCUAUAAGACCACCACCAGUUUUUAUCCUUUGCUUCCACUUGAUCUCUCUCUCCACUCCUCUCCAUCAAGAAUUCCACCUGCAGAAGUGAGAUUUGUGCGAUUUUUGCUCGGUUUCUUGUGGGGCAGGCUGCGAGCCUGCGAGGCAAGGCAAGGCAGCAGCAAAAGUUGCGAUCUUCAUCGGCUGGAUUCCUCUCCCCAUCCUCUCUCUCUCUCCCCUUCGGCCCUUCCUUCGUGCUUCGUUGUUGAGACCCACUUGCCUUUCUCUCUCUCUCUCUCUCUCUCUCUCUCUCUCUCUCUCAUCCCCCUUCCAACUCCGUCUGGUCCCUGGAAAAAGGAGAUCUUUUGGUGCAAGAUUCGAUCUGCUGUUGCCGCCUUGCUGCGUAAAGAUUUGCUCCUUUCUUGGACUGUUUCUUGGCCGGUUUAGCUUGGUGGUUUCUUGGCUAGCUUGUGCUGUUCUUGAUCCAGACACAGAUUGAGGUGGUGAAUGCUUGUUCCAAGGUCGUGGUUGCUGUUUUUGGUGUGAUCCUGGGUCGCUUUUGGUGGCGGUGGCCUCCCUUGAUUCGUUCAUCUGGGAGAUUUUGGUUGAUGUGGUGGGUUUUCUCGGAGUUCAGUUCCCCAAUUCGCCAUUUUGAUGAGGAGUUCUUCCAACUGUGAGAGCAACUGCGCUCCUCCCUUUUGCUGCCUCCCUUGCCUCCACAAAUCCAAAGAUGAUGCAGACGGUGAUCCGGUGUCCGGGUCUCCGAGUCCGGCCUCUGUCACUGAGGACAAGCCGCCUCUGGUCCAGAAGAUUGAGUCGGCUGCGGCAGCCACCGGCGGCGAUGAUGAUGAUGAUGAUGAGGGUUUUAAGCAGGUGGCGGUGGCUCCCAAGAGUAGCCUGAAGAGGGUUAACUGUGUGGACAACAAGAAUGUGGUGAAAGGCAAUGUGAAGUGGAUGGAUUUUCUGGGGAACGAACUCACACAAGUCAAAGAAUUUGAGCCAAGCGAAUCUGGAGACUCCGACGAUGAAGACGGCAACGCCUGCAUCUGUGUCAUCCAAUGAGCCCAGAGAUCUCCACUGUAAAUUCUGUGAAAAAAAAGCAAAACAAAAACAAAAGAGGAUUGUCUAGUCAGCCAUUAGUCCUUGUCUCUAGAGACUAGAGAACCCCAUUAUUGUGUGUGUUGGUAUCUGGAUGCCAUGGCUUCGAUUGUGUUUUAUCAUCAGCUUCAACAGUAAAAUGUUGUUACAAGUGCAUAGCUUUAGAAGAUUUUCUGCCAAAUGUGUCAUUUUCCUGUC